UGGCUGCUUUAUUUUAGGUUAAUUAUUGUAAUAGAUUUCUUUAUAUUCCGCUGGUUAUUAUGCGGGACAACCCUAUAACCCUUUAUAAUUUACAAAAAAUAUAUAAUUGAUGAUAAUUAGGGCUCCGUCAUGGCCAAAAUAAUAGCACAAAUUAUAGUACUUGGAGGGCAAGUUGUGGCCAGAGCAUUUGCUAAGGCAUUGCAGCAAGAGAUUAGGGCCUCACAGGAGGCUGCCAAACGAGCAGGUGGUGGAAGACAAGGCCAAAAUCGUGCAGAAGCAAACGCCCGUACAGGAAUAACCCUUGAAGAAGCCCAACAAAUUCUGAAUGUAGACAAAUUAGAUCCAGAGUUAGUUAAAAAGAAUUAUGAGUUUCUGUUCGCAGCAAAUGACAAAGCCAAAGGCGGUUCUUUUUAUUUACAAUCUAAAGUUGUAAGAGCAAAGGAAAGAAUAGAUCAAGAACUAAAAAAUGUGGAUGAAACUAAAAAAGAGAAAACAGAACCUGCUAAAACAUAAAUAAAGACAUAAGGGAUGGCUGACGGAUGGUCUAGUGAUUUAUAGAUUAUAUAUAUAUGUAUAUAUGAAAUAGAUGUAUAAUAGUUUAUUUUUGUUGAACUAAGACUUUUUACUGAGUUUGCUCAUUUAGUGACAACUCCCUUUGGCAUGUUUUAAUUUGAUUAGAAAUACAGAA